AUGAGUAUAACUAGUGAAGAAGUGAACUACUUGAUAUGGAGAUAUCUCCAGGAAUGUGGGAAAGAAGUUUCCGCUCUGGCUCUUCAAGAAGAGACACGAGUAUUGGAUUUUGACAAACAGUUCGGCAGUCACAUACCCAUUGGGGCAUUGGUAGACUUUCUUCAAAAGGGCAUUCUAUAUACAGAAUCCGAGCUUCUAGUGCGUCACGAUCGAGCAAAAUCGUCCGUCGAUGCCGAGCAUGUUUCAACGCGAGAUUUUAAUCUUCUACAAGCUUUGGAAAUCAGCAAAGACCGUGUUCCUCCAAUUCGUGGGGAACAUAGGUUUGAGCUAGCCGGUGACGAUCAUGCAUCGAGUACACGGACAGAAAUUGUUGGUAAAUUAGAGGGGACCGAGUCUCUGGCUUCAGAGUCAUCAAAUUUCAUCAAAACUUUACGCGAAAGCUCGAAAAUAUCUAAGAGUGCCGUCAGCCGAUGGAAUCCUUCAAAUAGCCUUGUGUUGGCGCAUGGGGGCCCUAGUUUGGUUGCCACCAUUGUCACAUUCGAGAUGCCCGAGCCGGGAACUCUAUCAAAAGUCCACGAGAUCAAAUGUGAGAACGUGCUUGUUUCUCAAAGGGAAGGUGCAAACAGCGUGACGUGUCUUGAAUGGUCUCCCGCUGGUCAUAGCUUAGCAGUGGGUACUGAGAGCGGGAAAGUACGAUUGUGGACGGUGGACGGGAAGCUGCAAAACGUUUUUGAGUUUCACAAUUCCUGUAUAACAACCAUCAAAUGGAAUCAAGACUCUCUGCAUUUUCUCACCUGUGAUGUCGAUAAUGUAGCCAUCAUUUGGAACUCUCUAACAGGUACAGCGCUGCAACAAUUUUCUCCCAGGGAGGCUGGCUCCGCUGAUACGCUUGGAAUUGAUGCUUCAUGGGUCGGAGUGGACAAAUUUGUGAUUCCCGGUGGGCAGGGGAAUAUCUUGCUGUGUGAGAUGGGCGAAAGCCGGCCUCUUGGGAAACUCAGUGGGCACACCAAAGCGCUUACUGCCUUUGAUUACAACCCGGAGACCAAACUGCUAGUGUCUGCUUCAGACGACAAGACAUUGCGAGUAUGGCGCGGUGGUAAUUUGAAUUCUUCCAAUUGUUUUAUGGGCAACUCACAAAGCGUAACGAGCGCCGCAUGGCUUGACAACGAUAAGGUCAUAUCAACUUCAAUGGAUGGCUCUGUCCAAAUUUGGUCUCAAGCAUCCAGCUCUUUAUUGGCCCUUUCAAUGGUCGAUGGUGUACCCAUAUUCUGUGGCGCGCUGUCACCAGACAAGCAAAAAUUCGCUGUGGGCAAGAUGGAUGGUGAGAUCAAUUUGUAUGAUGUCUCAAAACUACAUGCUGUGGUGAAGGAGGCUGUGAACCCUGUCAAUGUACACCCCAUUCCACUCUAUGGUGAUUAUCAGUCCAAUUCCGAGGGAAACUGCAUCACGGAUUUGGCAUGGGAUCCUACGAGCACUUAUUUGGCGAUAUGUUAUUCUGAAAGUGACGCUACUGUGAUCUACGUUGGCUAA